AUGCACCGGAACGCCCCCGCCCCCACAAACCUCCCAACAAGACCCAUGAACCCGGGACACGACGCGGGUCCGCCGGGGCCCACCUCGGGCGCCGCGGCGGCGAAACGCUCCCGCGUCCCCCUGUCCUGUGGCCCGUGCCGCGCCUCCAAGCUCGGGUGCGACCGCGCCGCACCGUGCGGCCAGUGCCUGAGGAAGUCCCGGCCCGAGAGCUGCGUCUACGUGCCCAAGCCCGAGAAGAAGAGGCCGCCCAAGGGCAUGGCGGCGCGGCUGAGGCAGCUCGAGGGCAUGGUGCGGACGAUGAUGGACGACGGCGUCGUCCCCGCCCCCUCCUGCACCUCCUCCUCUAUCGCCACCGGCGCCCGGGUAGAGGAGGUCGGCGUCGCUCAGCCGGGCGGGCAGCUAGUCCGCGGGGAGAGGGCGAGCACAUACGUCGGCGCCACACACUUCAUGGCGGUCCUCGAGGAUGUAAGUCACACGCUCCGCUCCGCCGGUUCACCUGUCGUGCGCCUGCCUCCGUUGCGAACAUUCACGUUCGAUGAAGGCAAGGGAGAGAGAGAGAGAGGGGAGCAGAUCGAGGACAUUAAGAGCUAUUUGGAAGAGGCCGAGCUCGACGACGACGAGAGCCCAGGGCCCUCGGGCGAACUCGAGGCGCCGGAUCUGAUCUUCUCCUCGGGAAGCGCGCCCCGCAGCCGCGAGGACCUGAUGCGGCUGAUCCCCGAUCGGAAGAUUGUCGACCGGCUCGUCAUGCGGUACUUUUCAUCGCAGAACCCUUCGCAACACAUCGUCCACAGACCAACGUUUGUAAAGCAAUACGCCCAGUUCUGGGCAGACCCUCCCAGUGUCCCCAUCCACUGGCUCGCUCUCAUCUUCAUGAUCAUGUCCAUCGGUGUCUUCUACUCUACCGUCACGGCACCCCACGAACUCGUCUCCGACUCCCCGGAACCGCCGGUAGACCGCAUCAAGGUCUUCCGUGCGGCGGCGGCGUGGUGUCUCGUCUUGGGCCGCUACACCCAGCCGUCCAUCGCCACAAUCCCGCCCUUUAUCCUCUACGUCGAGUCCGAGUUCGCCAUUGCCCGCGCCGCUCAAACCAACUGCUACGUUCUGUCGUCCGUGUGCCUUCGGCUGCUCCUGAAGAUGGGGAUGCACCGCGACCCGGACCGGCUUGCCGGCAUCUCCCCCUUCGAGGGCGAGAUGCGCCGCCGCAUGUGGAACAUGGCCGUACAGCUCGACCUCCUCGUCAGCUUCCACAUGGGCCUGCCGAGCAUGUUCAGCGGCAUCGACAGCGAUUGCGAGCUCCCGCGAAACCUCGUCGACGAGGACUUUGGCGAGGACUCGGCCGCCCUCCCGCCCCCGCGCCCGCCCACGGACUACACCGAGAUGACGUACCCGAUCAACAAGUCGUGCUUGAUGCGCGUCUUCGGCCAGAUCGCGCGGCAGGCACACCUUCUCGCGCCGCCUCCUUACCGUGAGGUCAUGCGCCUCGACGGCCUCCUCGGAGAGGCCUGGGCCAGGGUGCCGCAGUUCAUGAGGGUCCAGCCUCUCGAGCAGUGCGUCACGACGCCGGCGGUGCAGAUAGUCCAGCGCUUCGGCCUCGCCUCGCUUUACAACAAGUCCCGGUGCGUGCUGCACCGGCGGUUCCUCCUGGAGCCCUUACCGCGGCGGGAGCACGACCACUCGCGGCGGCAGUGCCUCGAAGGCGCCAUCGCGCUACUCGACUUCCAGAAUACCAUCUGGCAGGCCUCCCGCCCGGGCCACAUGCUCAGCCAGCACGGGUGGUACGUGUCCUCGCUCGCCGUCCACGAUUUCCUGCUGGCCGCCAUUAUCCUCUACCUGGCCGUAGGCAACCGGCAGUUCUGGGACGUCGGCGUCGAGCACGAGUGGAUGGCCGGGAUGAGCCCGCCGCCGACGAGGGGGCGUCUCCUGCACCUGCUGCAGCGGUCGUACUCUGUGUGGGCCAGCAUCGCCACGGACGUGCCCGAGUUGCGGAAGACGGCGGGCAUAUUGGAGACGAUGCUAGGCAAGCUCGGAUCGCCGCCAAACUCACCGCCAAAGGACGAGGCCGGCCAGGCUUUGUCGGUGUCGGGGCUGCGUGAGGGCGGUGGUUUGGUCUCGGAGAGCAGUUCUAGCCAGGAUUAUCUUCUCCCCGACAACCUUUCCAUUGACAGUCCGACUGCGUCCUCCUUGAAUACGGCGAGCAACUUCCAGCUGUUUGAGUUCAUGACGUCUGGACUCGGACCAAACGACUAUGGUCUUGAUCGUGGCUGGGUUGCAGUUGGAGGAAACGAAAUGGACUGGCGCUACUUUGACAACAUCAUUGCCCAGCCCAACAGUGACCCCAUCGGCCUCGGGUCCCUCGGGCCCCUAGACACGGACCAGCAGUGGUUUGACCGAGCGCCGGCGCCGGACGACUUUGAGUUCCCGGAGUCAGGGGCAUAUGGUUCGAUUCUGGGACAGCAGGGUUGA